CUCUUGGCGACCAACCACUUGGAACCCUUCAAGCUGUCAUCCGGCAAAGCGAUUUGGGCCGUCGCUAUGAUCAGCAGGGCUACCCUGAAGUGGUGGCAAUGGUUGUUGAACGCACCGUGGAUGGCACUGCACGCGAGCAUGACAUUGUCAUUCGUGAUCGUGCUAAUGUUCUUCGUCGUAUCAGCUCCUUGCACGCAUCGUAUAUGCCGCUCCACUAUGUCCUGAUGUUUCCAUUUGGUGACAAUGGAUGGUUCUAGAGUGAAAACGCGCAGGUUUCCUCACUACAAUUACCAUGACAACUCCCGUAACAACGAAGAAGGAUCCUUUUCAAGAAGCAUUGAAAAAAUACUUUGAUUUAGAGAAAGGGACCGCGUCGCUCAAGAAUUUCCACGCCUUUGAUCCCACAUUCAUUGCCAACAAUAGCCACUUUAAAAAUGUGCAGUCAACAUGGAUGGAAAUCUUUCGGAAGCAGGUGAAAGACUGUGGUGUGGAGGAUUGGAACAAGGACGAACCUGAGUGGAUCGGUAUUAUGGAGGAAAUUAUCAAGAAAAUUAUUGCUAGCUCGACAGGGAAGGCCAAUGUAGCCAAGUCCCCGAGUAGCAGCAAUACCACCACUAAGCCAACUGAGAAGAGACGAUAACUUCAAUGAUAUUUGUACAUCAUCUUCUCUCUAUUUACUUAUAAUAACCUCAAUUCCCUUGUACUAAAUAACUAUAUAUAUCUUUUACUACUUUUUAUUCUGGUCAAUUUUUGGUGUUGAUUUCCAUGUAAAUCACAGA